CGCGGCAGCGUCGGUCCCCGCCGGCUGGCCGCGCAGCCGGAACGCGAUGGGGACCGAGGCGUCGGGGAGCGGGCCGGCGCUGCAGGAGCUCGUGCGCGAGGCCGAGAUCAGCCUGCUCGAGUGCAAGGUGUGCUUUGAGAGGUUCGGCCACCGCCAGCAGCGGCGCCCGCGCAACCUGCCCUGCGGCCACGUGGUGUGCCUGGCCUGCGUGGCUGCGCUGGCGCACCCGCGGACGCUGGCCCUCGAGUGCCCCUUCUGCCGCCGAGCCUGCCGGGGCUGCGACACCAGCGACUGCCUGCCGGUGCUUCACCUCCUGGAGCUCCUGGGCUCGGCGCUCCGCCCAGCCCCCGCCGCCCACCGCGCCGCCCCCAGCGCCCCCGGGGCCUUCACCUGCCACCACGUUUUCGGAGGUUGGGGGACCCUGGUGAACCCCACGGGGUUGGCGCUGUGUCCCAAGACCGGGCGGGUCGUGGUGGCGCACGACGGCAGGAGGCGGGUCAAGAUCUUUGAUUCCGGGGGAGGAUGUGCUCAUCAGUUUGGAGAGAAGGGGGAGGGCGCUCAGGACAUUAGGUACCCACUUGAUGUCACCGUCACCAACGACUGUCAUGUGGUUGUCACCGACGCCGGCGACCGCUCCAUCAAAGUGUUUGAUUUUUUUGGCCAGGUCAAGCUUGUCAUUGGAGGCCAGUUCUCCUUACCUUGGGGUGUGGAGACCACCCCUCAGAAUGGGGUCGUGGUAACUGAUGCGGAGGCAGGGUCCCUGCACCUGCUGGAAGUCGACUUUCCAGAAGGGGUCCUCAGGAGGACCGAGAAGUUGCAAGUUCAUCUGAGCAAUCCCAGAGGGGUGGCCGUGUCGUGGCUCACCGGGGCCAUUGCAGUCCUAGAGCACCCUCCGGGCCUGGGGACCGGAGCCUGCGGCACCACGGUGAAGGUGUUCAGCCCAAGCAUGCAGCUCGUGGGCCAGGUGGAUACCUUUGGGCUGAGCCUCUUUUUCCCCUCGAGAAUAACUGCCUCCGCGGUGACCUUUGAUCACCAGGGGAAUGUGAUUGUUGCAGAUACUUCUAGUCAGGCUGUCCUAUGCUUAGGAAAACCUGAGGAGUUUCCAGUCCUGAAGCCCAUGAUCACCCAUGGUCUUUCCCAUCCUGUGGCACUGACCUUCACCAAGGAGAACUCUCUUCUUGUGCUGGACAGUGCAACCCAUUCUAUAAAAGUCUACAAGGCUGACUGGGGGUAA